AUGGAUGGAAUGAGUUCUGCCAAAACAGUGUUUAUUAUUGGAGCAACAAACAGACCAGACAUUAUUGACCCUGCUUUAACGAGACCUGGAAGACUUGAUCAAUUAAUCUAUAUCCCAUUACCAGAUCUUGAGGCACGUGUAGGAGUCUUACAAGCUAAUUUGAGAAAAUCACCUGUUGCACCAGAUGUAAAUCUUCGUGAUAUUGCUAAUGCAACUGAAGGAUUUUCUGGAGCUGACCUUACUGCUAUUUGUCAAAGAGCUGUUAAACUUGCAAUUAGAGAGUGUAUUAAAAAAGAAAUUGAAAUUCAAGAAAGUGGACUUGAUAUAGUAGAAGAUCCUGUUCCAUUUAUUACUAGAAAACACUUCGAAGAAUCUAUGAUAACUGCUCGUCGAUCUGUUUCUGAUCAAGAUGUUAGAAGAUAUGAGUCAUUUGUUAAUACACUAAAACAGUCAAGGGGAUUAGUCAAUUCAAUUCCACAAGAACAGCCUAACCAAAGAAAUAAUUCAACUUCUCAACAACCUAAUACAGCUCAAAAUUUAGUGAGUGACUUACUAAGAGAUGACCAUAAUCAAAAUAAUGGAAAUGGUGAAGAAGAUUACUAA